AUGCCCUCCAGCAAGUCUGGCCACAGCAACCACAAUAGUCACCAACCACAUAAAGGGGAAGAAGAUGGGGAUCGACAUGGCGGUAAACCAGCCCGGAAAAGUGAAGAAACGGAGACGCAGGGCGACCAGGCCGAAGCAACAAGGAUUCACCUGAGCGUUUUCAUCUUUCGAGGCGCUCCUGAUGUGUGGUAUAGACGGCAUGUUAUCAUGUACUUCACAUCGCCCGACGACCCGGGUUUCCACAAAUCUGUCCACGUACAGCGGGACAAUGAGAGAGACCCCUGGAGAGUCGCCCUAGAAAACGGACAAGCGCACUGGGAGCUUGAUGCUUCCUACUUGGGCCAUGUUGACGCUGGGUAUAUCCCUGUAUGGAAGGGUCAGGAGGCGUGGCCGUUGAGUACUGUUGCGUCAGUCCAAGUGGAGGGUCGGGAGGCCGAUUGGAACUGUCAAAACUUUGUAUACGAGGGCCUGCAGGCAAUUGUGCAUCUCGGUCUUCAAGAAGAGGCGUGGUACAUAUGGGUUCAAGAUGAAAUCAUGAACCAAUUGUUGGAGGGGGCUGUUGGCUAA